CCGUGCCCUUCACCAUCCCCUCUCUCUAUCUCUCUCUCCCUCUCCUUCGGCGAAGAGAGAGAAACUCCAAAUCCUCAUCCUCUCUCUUUCUGCUCUCUAUACAACGAGAUACGAAUAUAUCGACCUUUUUCGGUCGGAGUUUUGAUCGGACGGCGGCGAUUGGUGUUGCGAUUCCAUCGGACGGCGGCGAUUGAGUUAUGCAGGCUGAUCAGACGGUGUUGAGCUUGAGACCAGGCGGCGGAGGCAACCGAGGCAGCAGACUUCUUGGUCCUCGCUUCGAGCCUUCUUCGGAUCUUUCGGUGCUGCGUCCUCACGGCGGCGCACCUUCUCAUAUAUCUUCCAAGACUGGAGAUUCCCGGUUUGAGAGUCAUGAGCGUGUUCAGUACACCAGGGACCAGCUCCUACAACUUAGGGAGGUUGGUACCAUUCCGGAGGCUAUACUGAAAAUCAAACAAGAAGUUGAUGCUGAAUUUUUUGCUGAAGAUCAAAACUGGGGUCGUGGUGAAAGCAAUUCCCAACUUCAACCUCAGAGUCGCUAUUCUGAACCUGAUAACCGUGAUUGGCGUGGUCGGGCUGCUCAAUUUCCUAUUGCUGUGGAGGAGAGAUCCUGGGAAACUGGUCGAGAUAAUAGAGAGUUUGGUGGCAGAUUUGAUGCCAGAUCUCAAGAAACAAAUCAACAUAAUCGCCAAGACCAACUCAAUUCACAGUUUUCGAAGGGAGGUCCUGCGCCUGCUCUAAUCAAGGCUGAAGUGCCAUGGUCUGUCCGAAGGGGAAAUCUCUCUGACAAGGACCGUGUCUUGAAGACAGUGAAAGGGAUACUGAAUAAGCUGACACCAGAAAAGUUUGAUCUCCUCAAGGGUCAGCUGAUUGAUUCUGGGAUCACAACAGCUGAUAUUCUUAAGGAGGUUAUCACCUUAAUUUUUGACAAGGCAGUGCUGGAACCGACAUUUUGUCCCAUGUAUGCUCAGCUAUGUUCAGAUCUCGAUAAAAAACUCCCUCCAUUCCCUGCUGAUGAACCUGAUGGGAAAGAAAUCACAUUUAAGAGGGUCCUUCUGAAUAACUGCCAGGAGGCAUUUGAAGGUGCUGACAAACUGAGGGAAGAAGUAAGGCAGAUGACUGCUCCUGAGCAAGAGGCAGAACGUAGAGACAAAGAAAGAAUGGUCAAACUUCGGACUCUUGGAAAUAUCCGUCUCAUUGGGGAGCUUUUGAAGCAGAAGAUGGUGCCUGAAAAGAUUGUUCAUCAUAUAGUUCAGGCCCUUUUAGGGGAAGAUAAUAAGACCUGCCCCGAGGAGGAAAAUGUUGAGGCCAUUUGUCAAUUCUUCAACACCAUUGGUAAACAGCUUGAUGAGAGUCGCAAGUCUAGGUUUAUCAAUGAUACUUACUUCGGCCGUUUGAAACAACUCUCAACAAAUCCCCACCUGGCUCCACGUCUAAGGUUCAUGAUCCGUGAUGUUCUCGAUCUCCGAGCAAAUAAUUGGGUUCCUAGACGCGAGGAGGUUAAAGCCAAAACCAUCAAUGAAAUCCAUUCAGAGGCUGAAAAGAAUCUGGGAUUGCGUCCUGGUGCUGCAGCAAGCAUCAGAAGUCGUGGCAGUGCUUCUGGUGGACAAGGAAAUAUUGGUCUUGGAGUUGGGGGAUUCUCCGUCAACCGUCCUGGCUCUGGGGGAAUGAUGCCUGGAAUGCCAGGAACGAGGAAGAUGCCUGGGAUGCCCGGAAUUGAUAAUGACAAUUGGGAGGUUCCUAGGACUCGUGCAAUGCCUAAGGGUGAUGCGCCAACCAUGCAACCCACUGGACGUGUCCAGCCACCAUUGAUUGGCAAAUCUCCAUUGCUGAGUUCAAAAUUUCUUCCUCAGGGCAGUGGACUUGUAGGCGGCAAGACUAGUGCUCUAUUGCAAGGCAGUGGUGCACCUGUUCGAACUACUAACCUGGAUACUGGAACUCAAGCUGCUCCCAUCCCGGCUAGACCUGCUCCGACUCCAUCUAUGCCUUCGGCUGCUGAGAAAACAGCAACUCCGAUAAAAUUCAAUGUUGAGGAACUUCGGAGAAAAACAGUUUCCCUCUUGGAGGAAUACUUCAGUGUCCGGAUUUUGGACGAGGCAUUGCUGUGUGUGGAGGAGUUGAACUCGCCAUCUUACCAUCCUGAGGUUGUUAAAUUAUCCAUUUCCCUUGCACUGGAGAAAAGCCCGCCUCAUGUAGACCCAGUUGUAAAGCUCAUUGAGCAUUUGUUCGCUAAGAAAGUCAUCACAGGCGGGGACAUAGCGACUGGAUGUUUACUCUAUGGCUCAAUGUUGGAUGAAAUAGGAAUUGAUUUACCCAAGGGACCCAAUAAUUUCGGUGAAGUUAUUGGUAGGCUAGUUUUGGCUGGCGGAUUGGACUUUAAGGUGGUGAAGGAUCUGCUGAAGAAGGUGGAGGACGACAUGUACAGGAACGAUAUAUUUGCUGCUACGAAGAGGAUUAUUACUUCCCAUCCAUCAGGGCAAGGAGUAUUGGAUGCACAGGCAUCCGAUGUUGAGGCUUGCGAGAGCCUUCUCUGAGGAACCAGUCUUCUUCAUUCAGCCGUGUUCCCUACAUUGGAUAUCAGCAUCAUCGUCAAUCUCUGUAACCUCAUCUUCAAUCUAUAAGGUACUGGUUUUUGCUUUUAUUCCGACUGCCUCUUCCUUUUUACGCCGACCUGUUACAGCCAAUCUCUGCUUUAUUACAUCCGAUGAUAAAAGUGGAGUUAGCUGCUGCUUUAAAAGAAGUGAAUUUUAUUGAGCUGUAUAUUGUCCUGAGGGUAGUAGUAUUGGUGUUCGUUAAAAGAGCAAAAGAAGAUAAGCCCUGGAUUUUUGUGGUCCGAGUAUGGCCAAUUAUAUGUGCCCGUUCUCCUCUUCCCGUUUUGUAUUUGAUUAGUUCUUUUUGGUUUCCUUGUUUAAUUUUGCUAGACUCUUAAAAAAAGAGUAAUUUUAGCUUUUCUGUUUAGUGAGACAGUCCAUAAAUGACAUUGGUUUAAUUAUAUCGUGGAACUCUCAAAAAGUAGAAUUCAAUUAUGUAUUCUGUCUA